CCCUCCUCCUGUCUUAUUAAUUAUCUGUAAAGUGCAAUCAUGCCUUUCGGCAACUCUCACAACAAACUGAAGAUGAAGUACUCUGUGGAUGAGGAGUUUCCCGACUUGAGCUCCCACAACAACCAUAUGGCCAAGGUACUGACCAAAGAGCUGUAUGAUCGUCUGAGGAACAAAGAGACGCCAAGUGGAUUUACUGCGGAUGAUGCCAUUCAGACUGGGAUUGACAACCCAGGCCACCCCUAUAUUAUGACCGUGGGAUGUGUCGCUGGGGAUGAAGAGUGCUAUGAUGUGUUCAAAGAGCUGUUUGACCCCAUCAUUGAAGAGCGACAUGGUGGUUACAAGCCAACAGACCAACACAAGACUGACCUGAAGUCUGAAAACUUGAAGGGCGGUGAUGACCUGGACCCAAACUAUGUCAUUAGCUCCCGUGUUAGAACUGGCAGGAGUAUCCGUGGUUUUUGCCUUCCACCUCACUGCAGCCGCGGGGAAAGAAGAGCCGUUGAAAAACUCUCCAAUGAAGCUUUAGAUAGCCUGGAUGGAGACCUGAAAGGAAAGUACUAUGCUCUCAAGAGUAUGACAGACGCAGAGCAGCAGCAGCUCAUUGAUGACCACUUCUUGUUUGACAAGCCAGUAUCUCCCCUGCUUCUGGCCUCAGGGAUGGCGCGGGACUGGCCUGACGCCAGAGGAAUCUGGCACAAUGACAACAAGACUUUCCUUGUCUGGAUCAAUGAGGAGGAUCAUCUCCGUGUCAUCUCUAUGCAGAAAGGUGGCAACAUGAAGGAAGUCUUCAAGAGGUUCUGUGAUGGUUUGACUAAAAUUGAAACCCUGUUCAAGGAGAAAGGCUACCAGUUUAUGUGGAAUCAGCAUCUUGGCUACAUCCUCACCUGCCCAUCCAACCUUGGAACUGGUCUCCGCGCCGGCGUCCACAUAAAGUUGCCAAAUUUGAGCAAGAACGAAAAAUUUGGAGACAUCCUGAAGAGGCUCAAACUGCAAAAGAGAGGAACAGGUGGAGUUGACACUGCAGCUGUUGGAGGAGUCUUCGAUGUAUCAAACGCCGACCGUCUUGGCUUUUCAGAGGUGGAACUGGUUCAGACGGUGGUUGAUGGUGUGAAGCUUCUGGUAGAAAUGGAAAAGCGUCUGGAGAAGGGCCAGUCAAUUGAGGACCUCAUCCCCCCACAGAAAUAAUUGCACUUUAAUGGCCAUGCUUUCUAAUUUAUUGGAUCAAUAGCCUCACUGAGACCUUGGGACCCGCCUCCUGCUUAGUAAUGUAGAAAUGUCUUCCAUCUGUUCAUGGUU